GUCCUGCUCAGCAGCAGCAGCAGCAACGACACCAUGGAUGUGUUGGCUAGUUACAGUAUCUUCCAGGAACUCCAGUUGGUCCACGACACGGGAUAUUUCUCCGCGAUGCCCUCCUUGGAAGAGAACUGGCAGCAGACGUGUCUUGAGCUGGAGCGCUACCUUCAGACAGAGCCCAGGAAGAUCUCAGAGAGCUUUGGAGAAGAUUUUGAGUGCUUUCUGCAUACCUCUUCUGCCCAAAGCACAGAAGACAAUAUCCAACGGCUGGAUCCCCUCUUGUUACCGAUAGAUAUGAGCACGUGUGACAAAAAUGCCAACAUGGACGUUAUCCUCUCACGGGACAAGCUGCUCUCUGAGACUUGCCUCAGUUUACAGCCCACCAGCUCCUCUACAGAGGGCUGUACUGCCGUUAAUCAGGCCCAACUCAACGCAGUGACCUCACUAACGCCUCCGUCCUCACCUGAGCUCAGCCGCCAUCUUGUAAAGACCUCUCAGACUGUCUGUCCCAUAGACGGCACGGUCACGCUGAAACUAGUGGCGAAGAAAUCCACUCUUAGCUCUGUCAAGGUUGGUGUGGUGGCACCAGCUAGCACAACGAAGUGCGCACUCAGCGACAGUGAGCAAGGAGGGGCGGGGGCUGACGCGUCCCCCGAAAACAAGAAGAGGGUUCAUCGCUGUCAGUUUAAUGGGUGCCGGAAGGUCUAUACAAAGAGUUCACACUUAAAAGCCCACCAAAGGACUCACACAGGUGAGAAGCCUUACAAGUGUUCGUGGGAAGGGUGCGAGUGGCGUUUUGCACGGAGCGAUGAACUCACGCGGCACUACAGGAAACACACAGGGGCAAAGCCCUUCAAGUGCAACCAUUGUGACAGGUGUUUUUCAAGGUCCGAUCACCUCGCCCUCCAUAUGAAGAGACACAUCUGAGCACCUGAGACUGCUCAACGUGGCCCAGAUACAGUCAAGACCUAAGUAUCCCAGGGGAAAGGGGUAGAAUGGAGCUCUGUCUUUCAGGAGAGAAGAACUUGAUCACAUGUAAACCUCUGUACACAAACCGUGCACUAAAUGCUGUCAACUAUACUCAAUGAUGAACAUCCAUUCCUUGCGCCUUGCCCUUCUGGAAGGCAGAAGACAUGUUGAGAGAAAACGGACUGCGGGAGAAGUCAUUAAGACAACAACGGCUUACGGCACUUCGGCAGUCUGGAAUUUGUAUUCCCUGUUUAUUGCCAAUGGAAAUAAAAGGAUAUGGGAGCCAAUUUCCUGCAAGUGGACAGGAGUAGAAGGAGCUUACGUCACUUGCUUCUCAGUGAAGCUUGAUUGAAGGAAAACUAAUUUUAGAGUUGCAUAUUUGUAGCACUAACUUUUCUUUUUAAAUAGAUUUUGGAGGGAAAAACUAAUGACCUAGAAAAACCAAAUCCUAGUUUGGUAGCCAAAACUUCAAUGUCUUGGUUCCUUUCUGGCUUUUAUUUGUUUUGAGAUUCCCUUAUGGACCACGACAUGAGACCCUUCACAAACACUUUGAUCCGCUCCAGUUUUGGGUUCUUCUUCAUAGAACUGAGCUGUCAAGAUACUUUUAUGCCAAUACCCUAUGGCCUUAAUUGGCAAGUAGACUAUGGAGUGACACAUAAGGUGCACCUACCACCUUUCUUUCUUGAACUGGUGCAGACUUUGUCAACAGUUGGUUUCCUUUUCUUCAGUCCCUUCCGUCUUGAUCUUUUGAUAUUACCAAGCAUCAUGUGCAUUAGGGAACUUCAGAAACUGCUAAUGUGGUAUCACAGUGGUUGGCCAGCAAAAUGUCUCCUGAGCGACACCACAGUGUAUCUUUGGGGGCAUCACCAGAUUUGUGAUAGUUCAGACUUCCUCAUUAAUUGCCUAUGGAAAACUUGGAGGUGGGGGGGGGAGGGAAAACUCG